AGUUGACGAUCAAUAAAGGAUAUUACGAGCAAUCGUUCGCAAGUUCGCAGGGAUCAAUCUUGGAAGCUGAAUUAGAAAACGUAAGUGUUUUUAAGCGUUAUAGAGUAAAAUGUGUGUGCUCCGAAAACGAAUUGGAAGGACUUUUGAUUACUAUCGAAAGAACAUUUUCGAAUUUUAACAAUUAUAAUAAUAUGCAAUUAACGUCGGGAAAACUUAUUAAAAUGGUGGAGGCGGACUCGGCUCAAAUCUUGGGGUUUCAAAUACUGAUUUGA